AUAAGGACUCAAAGCUCCCAGAGCAAGGACCACGGCUGAGGGCUACACACAGGACUGGCUGCGUUGCAGUGCUUAAAGCCCAUGUGAGGACCCCCUGCCAUGUGAGAAGACCUGUGUGUAGAGGUGGCAUAGCCCAGCGGGUCAGAAAGACCCUGGCUAUUGGAAGACUCCAAGCAAUGAGCUUAAAUGCCCUAAAUCUGCACAAGGCGUAUCCUACUUGGGAGAGAGAGAGAAAGAGAGAGAGAACACACAAACCCGCCACCCUAGCCUUAUGUGUGUGUAUGCGUCUGUCAUCUGUCACUGAGCCUAUUGGUACUGACUCAUCCACCCCUUGAGGAAGCCUGCUGCACAGAUCAGAAUAGACCAAGGCCUGGUGCCUGAGCCUGGCUUGUACUCUACCAUCGAAUCUCGUGAGAUGGCUGCAUUUGGACCGUCCUUUCUAUCUUGCUCUUCUGCAUCCCUGAGAGUCAGAGCCCACCCAGUGGGCAGAGAAGAGCAUCCCAUCCACCUAACGGGAUAGCCCCAGAGGCCUGGGGAGACAGGUCCCCUACCCAGGCUCCCGCUGACACAGAGGCCACCCGAUGUAAUCCUGGCCAACAUGUUACGGGUUGUCACUCUGGUUUGUCCCCCUCAUCCAAAGCUAAUGAGUAUUCAUUAUGAUGUGCUGCCACAGCACAGAGGGGAGGCCUCCCUGGUGUCCUCCCUGGUGAGCAGCCCCUGGGCAGCAAAGCUGGUCUUGGCAGUCAGAGCUCCCAGUGCCUCUGCGAGGAGACGGGCUGCCUCCCACUUCUUCCUCAGUCCAGGCACCAGCUCUUCGUCUGUUUUUUGUUUUGUUGUGGUUGUUUUUAAGUUGUGCCAAAGUACACAACAUAAAAUUCACAUUUUAAGUGAACAUUUCAGUGGUAGUAGGUGCAUGUAAAAUGUUAUGCAACAGUGGCACCAUCUAGUUCUACCACUUUUUCCUCACUCCAGAUUAUACUCUGCAUCCAAUAACUCUUCAUUUCCCCUCCCCCACCUUCUGGCACCCACUAAUCUCCCUUUUGUGUGUGUGUGUGUGUGUGUGUGUGUGCGCGCGGCGCGUUGACUUGAAACUGAACUUGAGCAGGGGCUGAGCUACAUCCCUAGCCACGCCCCCCUCCCCACUACAUUUUAAAUUUUUAUUCUGAGACACGACCUUGCUAAAUCACUCAGCUUGGCCUCAAACUUGCGUGAUACUCCUGCCUCAGCCUCCUAAGUAGCUGAGGUCACAGGUCACACCUGUAACCACCACUCCAGCCACUAAUCUGCCUUCUGUCUCUGACUUUGCCUAUUCUGGGUAUUCACUGCAAGUGGAAUCAUACAUAGGUUAUCCUGGGGGUCUGGCUUCUUUUGUAUAAUAUUUUCAAAGUUCAUCUGUGUGGUAGUGUGUAUCAACACUUUAUUUCUUCUUAUAUUCCAUUGUGGAAAUGCAGUGUUUUGUUCCCCCGUUUACCUGUUAGUCGACCCCCAGGUUGUCCCCCUCUUCGGGCUCUUGUGAAGGGUCUGUUGUGGGUGUUUUGAGAGAUUUGCAUGUGAGCUGCCAGGGGAACAUAGGACGCCCUCUUGCCCAGCAGGUCUGUGAAGAGGUUGCCCAUUUUCAGAAGCGGGUAGAUCCAAGGGACAGUGGUGACUUUGUUCUAGCUCUUAUGGAAACCCUAGAGGACAGCGAGGGGGUGUGGACAGGAUGCAGGCCAACUCCUCUCUUCCCGCGAAUGCAUCUGCAGGGAUGCAGGGCGCAUCCGAGGGCUACGUCGUCCUGAAUGUCAUCUCUUAUCUGGUACUCGGGGUCACCUUUGUCCUCGGCAUGCUCGGCAACGGGCUGGUCAUCUGGGUGGCCGGCUUCCGAAUGACCCGCACGGUCACCACCAUCAGCUACCUGAACCUGGCCCUGGCCGACUUCUGUUUCACUUCCACUCUGCCCUUCCUCAUAGUCUCCAAGGCCAUGGGGGGACACUGGCCCUUUGGCUGGUUCCUCUGCAAGCUAAUUUUUACUAUCGUGGACAUAAACCUGUUUGGGAGCGUCUUCCUGAUCGCCCUCAUCGCUCUGGACCGCUGCAUCUGUGUCCUGCACCCGGUCUGGGCCCAGAACCACCGCACCGUGAGUCUGGCCAAGAGGGUGAUCCUGGGGCCCUGGCUCUGUGCCCUGCUCCUCACCUUGCCAGUCAUCAUCCGCGUGACGACAGUGACGGAUGUGCGUGGGACUGGGAAAACAGCCUGCACUUUUGACUUCUCUCCCUGGACCAAAGACCCUGCAGAGAAGAUGAGAGUGGCCAUCACCAUGCUGACGGUCCGCGGGAUCAUCCGGUUCAUCAUCGGCUUCAGCAUGCCCAUGUCCAUCGUUGGCAUCUGCUACGGCCUCAUCGCCAAGAAAAUGCACAGACAAGGCCUGAUCAGAUCCAGCCGUCCUUUACGGGUCCUGUCUUUUGUCGUAGCUGCUUUUCUUCUCUGCUGGUGCCCGUAUCAGGUUGUGGCCCUCAUAGCCACCAUCAGAAUCCGUGACCUCUUGAGAGGUCUGGGCAGUGAUCUGAGAUUAGCCAUCGACGUGACCAGCUCGCUGGCCUUCCUCAACAGCUGCCUCAACCCGAUGCUCUACGUCUUCAUGGGCCAGGACUUCCGGGACAGGCUGAUCCACUCCCUGCCGGCCAGUCUGGAGAGGGCCCUGACCGAGGACUCGGCCCAGCCCAGUGACACAGCCACCAACUCUUCCUCGCUCCCUGCAGAGGUUGAGUUACAGGCAAAGUGAGGGGGGUGGUUUGGGGUCACCUGGGAGCUCCAGUCCCAGCUUCCUCUCUCCUCAAGUGACACUGUCCCCCAGCUGUGGGCUGCCCAUCUCAUGCCCCUUGAUUUGGGGAGAGGGAAAAGAUGUGAGGUUACUGCUGAUGUCUUUUUUUUUGUUUUUUCUUUUUUGCCUGCUUGGUCAGAGGUGAGAAGAGAAAUCAUGCAUCCUCAUUAACCCAAAAGGGUCCCAGUUGAUACCUAUUACCCUAACACCAUUAAUAAUGUCCACUUCAUUUCUCAAAAGUGUCCUGCUGUGGACAAUCAACUGUAGGGUCACCUUAGGAAAUGAAGGAGGAGGGAGAGGUAGGGCUUAAAUCAGACAAAAAAUUUACAAGGUGUUUUGUAAGAGGCCUCAGGCCAAAAAGUAAAUGCACCGUGGAGCUGUGGAGAUGUCAGCUGAAGCCCUUGAAGUCCGGGUAAGGUUGCCUAAUUCCUCCUGUGGUAAAGGCUGGGGAAACCCAUCGUCCUCCCCACAGGGCGGGCCUCGGGGCGCCAACUCUGGCUUCAGUGAAGGACGAGUCCAGUUCACAGAGUAUCCGGUGCCUGUUACCCUUGCUCUGAGCUUGGCUCACCCAGAGUGGAACCCAGGAAGUUCCCUAAAUUCCUUUAAAAGCUGCUCGCAUGAGAUCCUCCAAUGGGGAACACGCUUCCGAGAAGUUUGGUGAUGUGGGAUCUGGGCCGGUCAGCCCCAGAGCAAGGUGAGAGUGUCCAGCUGAACGUCAGACACCCUCGGAGCCCAUCCUCCCUCCCAGCUCCUCCUUCAAGGUUUCUGCUUUUCUUUUCCUUUUUUUUUUUUUCUUCCCAAUUCAGAGCUCUCUACUCCUCACACCCUGGUCUCUGCCUUCCUGUCCCCCCCCCAUCGUCCCAACCCAAGCCAAUUAUCAGUGACAGCAUCCUUUCUGAGAGGAUGAGGGAGUCGCUUAAACACCACGCACUGAGCAUCACAUUAUUCCAUGUUUAAAAAGAGAGAGAGAGAGAGAGAGAGAGAGAGAGAGAACACAAAAGGAAGAAAAUGGGAGAAGAAAGCGGGAUGCGGGAGAAGCCCAAGGCUGGGCAGCGAUGGCUGCUCUCAGGACUCAGCCCCUUCCCUGGACUCCCAGAAGAUCUUUCCUGAGCAAACCCAGGCGCCUUCCAAGCCUUCAUUUCAGCAUCCGGAGCCUUGAUACAAUCUACCCUUCUGACCCUCAGCCUCUGCAGGGCAUUGUCUGACUCCUUUAAUAAAUGGUUGUUGCAUCAAA